CUGCAGGAGAAGGUGGCUGUGAUUGAGACCAGUUCAGCUCUCAGAAGGCGGUGCGCAAAUUUGGAUAAUCGCUUCGCUUGGAGAGCUGUUUGCGUAAAAUGGCAUAUUUCAAAGGAGUCGUUACUCUUUUACUGGUGAACUUCGUGUCAAACGGUGUCUUUUGACCGACUUUGGCCCGGGCGCUCUCAAUACUUUCACAUGGUGCACUUUAUCCUGAAGCACCACGGCAGCGCGCUACGGGAACCAGAAAUGAAAGCAGCACCGACCCUCCUGUGCGCAUUUUACUUUAGGAAGUUUUUCAAAUGGCUUGACACGCAGCUCUUUUCACGCCUCUGAUCUGUGGCUGGGACGGACAACAGCGCUUUGGACGGACUUUUGUUUACCAUUACUCUCAUUUCGGGUUUGGAUCAGUCGAGUCAGACACACUCGGGACUCCGGAGAGAGCUCUCAGCGGGGACAGCAAGGACAGCACCAUGACCAGCUGCUGGCUUGCCCUGAUCGGAUUGUGGUGGAGCGCGUAUCACUGCAUGUUCCCGGUGGCGGGGAGUAAUUAUUCGCUGGAUGGGAACAACGAGGUGCACCCGAGUUUCAUCCACCGGCGGCUGCGGACGCACGAGAAGAGGGAGAUGCAGAAGGAGAUCCUGUCCAUCCUCGGGCUGCCGCAGCGACCGAGACCGCAUCUGUCGCACGGGAAGUACAACUCCGCUCCGCUUUUCAUGUUGGACUUGUACAACACGAUAUCCAGCGACGAGAAGAGCCAAGUGGAGGGCAUGCUGGAGCGGUAUCAGUCCGCGCGGCCGACGCAGAGCCCUCAUCUGGCCACAUAUCAAGAAACUGCCUUUCUGAAUGACGCGGACAUGGUGAUGAGCUUCGUUAAUUUAGUGGAGUACGACAGCGAGCUCUCCCCACAGCGGCGUCACCACAAGGAGUUUAAGUUCAACCUCUCGCAGAUCCCCGAGGGCGAGGCCAUCACCGCGGCGGAGUUCCGUCUCUACAAGGAGUGCGUGAGCCGCACCUUCCGCAACGACACCUUCCUACUCAAAGUCUACCAGGUGGUCAAGGAGCACCCUGACAGAGAGCCAGACCUGUUCUUGCUGGAAUCUCGCAACCUGUGGGCAGCUGAGGAGGGCUGGCUGGAGUUUGACAUCACCGCCACCAGUAACCUGUGGGUGAUGAGCCCAAUGCACAACCUGGGCCUGCAGGUCAGCCUGGAGACCAGCAGCGGACAGAGCAUCACCUCUAAAGAGGCGGGGCUUGUAGGACGCGAUGGUGCCCUGGAGAAGCAGCCUUUCAUGGUGGCGUUCUUCAAAGUCAGUGAAGUGUACAUCCGCACCGCCCGCUCCACUGGCGGCAAACGUCGCCAGCAGAAUCGCAACCGGUCCACGCAACCUCAGGAGGGAUCCAGAGGGCUCAGCCUCACAGAUUACAACAGCAGCGAUCAGAAAACAGCCUGCAGACGGCAUGAGCUCUACGUCAGCUUCCGAGAGCUGGGCUGGCAGGACUGGAUCAUUGCUCCUGAAGGCUACGCAGCCAACUACUGUGAUGGAGAGUGCUCCUUCCCCCUGAACGCCCACAUGAACGCCACCAACCACGCCAUUGUGCAGACACUGGUACACCUAAUGAACCCCGAGAACGUACCAAAACCAUGCUGCGCCCCCACCAAGCUGCACGCCAUCUCAGUGCUCUACUUCGACGACAACUCCAACGUCAUACUGAAGAAAUACAAAAACAUGGUGGUACGGGCCUGUGGCUGCCACUGACACCUUCAAGGACCAAUAAUAUUUGAACUGAUAUUUAAAAAAAGGGUUGGCAAAGGGCUGCAGCUGCACCAGCGACUCCUGAGUGAGUUUGACCUCCAGUAGACACCAGUUUUCUGCACAAAUCCUCAGCCUGCAAGGAAGGUCCGCCCUUUACGCGUUGUAUUCCAAUAAUCCUGGACAGCUCAAAAGCUCAUUUGUCAACAAGGCAUCAAACUAAGUAGGGACCAUUGAAAAAAAAAACGUCCUACUCCAUUGCUGAGUCACCAAAUGGUCAAUCGCCCUCUUUACAUGUGGAGUGGUCUUCCCUCCAUGGGUCUGCAGGUGAAUGAAUGAUCAUGUGUGUGUUGCGAGGGGGUCAGUCUGCCUGUAUAUUAUGUUUAUGGAAGAGUGGGUAUGGACGCCGAGGAGUCUACUGCACCUUCUCCCUCACUGAGAGGGCGACGGCAAACCUGAACUGUUGGAGGACCAGUCUAAGUGCUGCUUACUUUCCCUUUAUCCAUUCACAUAUAUAUACAUAUUAUAUAUAUAUAUGUAUAUAUAUAUAUUUAAAACCAAGUGGCUCAACUGUAGUCAGUGACAAACUAGUCAAAAUAAAUGGUUUGAGUCAGAUGGAAUAAAACACAAGAGCAGUUUCCUCUUCAGAUGCUGUCAACCCAAACAAUCUAAUACUGACUGAACAAUUGGCCUCAUUUGUUUCACAUUUCCUUCCUCUUUUCCUGAUGUAUUUUCUUCUCAAGCCAUAUUUGCCUUCCUAGAAUAUAAUAUGGACUGAACCAAAGUAACCGCACACUAUUUUAGCAGUGCACCGCUGCGAAUACCCGCUCCGUGUCAAUAUUUGCCGGGCUCACGCUGAGCUGCGACUCACCGGGCUGGUUCAGCUCCCGAUGCAUGUUCUGGCUAAACUGGUGUUUUUCCUCCUAAGAACUGAAGAAUACAGCCUUAUCCCUCCGACGUACCACAAAUGGCCAUUUCCACGUUGCUGCACUCACAAAGUUAACAAACGUUCCACCCCUGACAACUCGGGAGAGAUCAUGGAAAAACAUUUAGCGAGGCACACCGGCCGACAGAACCGUUCCUGUGCCAGCUGUCUGAAAUUAGCCCUUUGCUUUUUCAACCCUGAGGGUAAAAUUAUGUCGAGAUGUGUGUCCAGUAGCAAACACUCUCCAUUUGAACAUGUUACUGUGAGCUUUGAAUGACUUUUAGAGACCAUAUUUUAAUGAAAAACUAAUAUCAAUAAAGAAUCAAAUUACCUUACAUGACUAACCAACUAUAAAAUUACAAAAUAUACCUCUGUAAGCUGCUGUUUACAUUUGUGAUCAUGUUUAGACUGUUUUAUUGUAAAUACUUGUACAUUGUCAGCUUAUUUAUUGCACCUUUUAUUAAAAAAGAAAAAUCACAUACCUUAAUAACAAAGACAGAUGCAAAAACACAAUGAAAACUUAUUUUUGAAAAAAUUUAUUAUGAAAUCUCAUGUUACAACUUGCCAUUAUUUACUCUUUUUUGUACAAAAUCCAUGGGUAGAGCACAACCCAUGACUCACAAGGAAAAAAAACUUCUCACUGGAGUUUUUUUUUUAAGACCAUGUGCUAUCCAUAAAAACUUUUACUGACAAAGAACUGCUGUGUCUCGCUGUUUGUGUACCUGGUUUGGACAAUAAAUGAAUGGCACCCGGCAUUGUGCAUUUGCAUGGUUUGGGCACAUCCUUGUGUAUGGAUGCAGUUUGUUACAUCGCUACAUGAUUAAACGCAGGAAAAGGAAAUUAAAAGACUCAAACUGCAAAUACCACUCAAACUUUUGACAGUUGAAUCCCUCAGAACAUGUUGGUUUGAGGGUUGAUGCUAUGACUCAGUAUACAGGACACUAAAACUACACCUAACCAAUGCUUACAGUGAGAAUAGGAAAAAACAGUCAGAUAAUGGUUUAUUUUGGUUGUAUUUGGUGAAUUAGCAGCUAAGAUCAGACCCAUUAUCCAUGUAGCAGAGUUAAACUCUAUCUGUUUAGUCAUGGUCCAGGUCUUACAGCCACUGAGAGAAAAUAUAACAUUCAGAGUGAUGAUUGAGAACCAUUCAUCCAUUAUAUAUACUGCUUAUCCUCUGGGAGUCACCAAGGGGCUGGAGCCCAUCCCAGCUGACACUGGCCAAGAGGUUGGGUAAACCCUGGACGGGCCUCCAAGAAACAGCGAGAUACACACCGAAAGACCACGGCCAAACCGGGAUUCGAACCGGGAACCUUCUUGUGAGGCAACAGUGCUAACCAAUGGAACAUGCUGCCCCUAUUUGGGACAAGGAAGAGCAAAUUAUGAAGAUGGUAGAUGCAGCUGGUUCAACCACAAAAACAAAAUUAUCAUAGGAGAGGUGAUGUGAUGUGAUGCUAGAUAGCCUGGCUGAUCUUGAGCUUAUGUUCUUUCAGUUUUAACAUUGCUUUAUAAAAAUGUCUGACCAGAGGAAUGCUCUUAAAAGCUUUCACAUAUUUUUUUGGAAAAGAUGACUUAGAAAACAGUGCCAUCGAAAAAUGACAUUCAUAAAUUUGUAGAUAUUUUGAAAAGAGAGUUCUAUGGACACAUUUGACACUUAGUUGCGUCUGAUGGGUGUUUCCGAAUGAACAGAAGAAGCAGUAAGUCUACAGAUGUUCAGUAACAGAGAUAUGGAGCGACAUGGUCCAGGCCUGAGAGGCUGAAUGCCAGGAGGAGCAGAGAGGGCUGGAGGAGUCUGAAAAGAAGUCGGGUGCAUGACUUAGAUCUUUGCUAAUUUUCUUUACUUUCCAACAAGCAUGAGAAAUUACUCUGAUCUUUAUUUUUCUCUUAAUCACGAAGAGAAAAAUGAAAUCGGGCCCCUGUGCCAUCUCAGACUCCCUUAUCGACAAUGAAGCCUCCGUCACAGCUCCCUCCAGCCUGUGUUUCCCUGAGAGUUAAGUCAGACAAGCUAUUAGUGGUGUGGCUAUGAAGUUCCUGCAACUUAACUCAAAAAUCACAUUCGGGUGACGCAAGCUUUUAACAAAUACUGUAACAUUAAUGGCUCAUGAUUUAACAACAGAUCCCAUGUAUAAAAAAAAAA